CUCCCGGUGCAUGACAGCUGCUCGGUGUGUAACGGAAGACAUUUUGAGCCGUCCGGUCUGUUAUAUGAGUGCCAGCCUGAAGUCAAGAGGCUGACAGAGUGAGCCGGUAGUCGGUAAAAAAAGACGCAGAUUUAAAAUCUAAAGUAUAAAAACAAAGAUAGUUUAUAACCGUUGUGUGUGUGCAGAUUAGCCUGUUAGCUUAGCGCUGCCAAUCCAAACAGCAAGCAGAAUCCUAGAUGCUAGUUAGUUAGCUUGGCCUCCUUCUCCUCCUCCUCCUCCUUCUCCUCCUCCUCCUCCUCGACAGCCGGUGCUUUCACGCAGACACAAUGGCUUUAAAACGGAUCUCCAAGGAGUUAACUGAUCUGUCCAGAGAUCCUCCGGCUCAGUGCUCCGCUGGACCCGUCGGUGAAGACAUGUUUCAUUGGCAAGCUACUAUAAUGGGGCCUCCUGACAGUCCUUACCAGGGUGGAGUAUUUUUCUUGACCAUUCAUUUUCCUACAGAUUAUCCCUUCAAACCACCCAAGGUCGCCUUCACAACAAGAAUUUAUCACCCAAAUAUUAACAGUAACGGCAGCAUCUGCUUGGAUAUAUUGAGAUCACAGUGGUCUCCAGCAUUAACUAUCUCUAAAGUCCUUUUGUCCAUUUGUUCUCUGUUAUGUGACCCGAACCCUGACGACCCGUUAGUGCCAGAGAUCGCUCGCAUCUACAAAACAGACCCUGUUAGGUAUAACAGACUAGCCAGAGAGUGGACAGAGAAGUACGCCAUGCUGUGAUGGUACAACAAGACAGCUCAGGACUGGACUCAGAAAUACGCCAUGUGAUCAUCAUGUGAUCAUCAUGUGAUCAUGUGAUCCUCCUCCUGCUGGAAUUAACUUUUAUUUUUCUCAUCGCGCCCCCCUCCCGCUCCUCCUC